AUAGUUUGUGAUUUACAUUUUACGAAUGAUGUAUUUCUUCGUAACAAAGAAAAGUUUUGUUUUUCGUUUUAUGUUGCAUUAAACGCAUGCUCAAUGGCCAAAUUUAAAAAUAUUCUGUCAAAUCUAUUUCCUAAAUCUAGUUCAAAACUAGAAAUCGAUGCGGCUGUUGUUCCUAGAAGAACUAAUGAUGAAGACAGUGAUAAACCUGCAAAUCAAAAUAACUCUCAGGUGGCUGUUUCGGAAGUAAAUACCACUGGUUAUUUAGUGACACCUUUCGAUUCGGCGAUAUCGGGGCAGCAGCUGCAAUUAGCUAGUCCCACCGCGGGAGCUCUAACGCAAAAUGUAGUUAAUAAUGUUCAGAACAACACGCUGACUGCCCCACAGACGUCAAUAACAAACACUGCGGGAGUUCAAGUUUAUCAGAUUAAAGGUUCAAAGAAUGUUCACAUCGGAAACAGUUUCACAUUCAAUUGCGAAACAGGAGAGGAACGAGCGAAAUCAAUCACCGGCAAUGGACAGGUAAAGUGGGCCAAUUUAAAACUUUCGGACACUAUCAAGCAGAUGAUGGAAUGCGAAGAUGAUUUGGACACUGGCAUGAUGGAGACAAUAUCCAGACAUUUGGGAUACGAAUGGAAAAGCUUCGCCAGGAGCUUAUGUUACUCCGAUGGUCAGAUUGAAUCAUUCGAAUGUGACAACAGAACGCUUUCAGAGCAAAUAUAUCAUUUUGUGUUGGACUGGACUCGUAACGAUGAUGAACCAACACUUGGUAGGAUGACGAAGUUACUUUGGGAAAGGAAGCACAAGGAAACAGUGUAUCACAUGAAAAUUUUAUGGAAGAAACGGAAGCAAACUUCUGUUGACUGAGCUCAUAGAUUGUUUACGAGAAGAGAAGGCCGUAAAUCCAAGAAACACGGGCUGUGCUUUGAGGUGUGAAUGUAUAGCUUAGAAGGAAAAUUCCCAUAAGUGCCUUAACGAACUCAAAAGUAUAUAUUUACAUUCGAAAUACUUAUUUUUUUAUCAUUGUCAAAUAAAUGUUUUGGAACAA